AUGGUGGGUGAGUACUACAGCAAGAAUACGUGGUACUCUUUCAUGCUAGUGGUCUUGUUGUUAGUGACAUGCACUAUUGGGGAAGACCCUUAUAGGUUCUACUCAUGGAAUGUUACUUAUGGUGAUAUCUACCCACUUGGAGUAAAGCAACAGGGGAUAUUGAUUAAUGGGCAAUUUCCAGGCCCACAGAUUGAGGCAGUGACUAAUGAUAACUUGAUUAUCAACGUUUUCAACAGCUUGGAUGAACCUUUCAUCUUCUCUUGGAACGGUGUGCAGCAGAGAAGAAAUUCAUGGCAAGAUGGAGUCUAUGGUACCAACUGCCCCAUCCCACCUGGGCAGAACUUCACUUAUGUGCUCCAGGUGAAGGACCAGAUUGGUAGUUACUUUUAUUUCCCUUCCCUUGGCAUGCACAAGGCUGCGGGGGGCUUUGGUGGCUUUAAAAUCGCUAGCCGUUCUGUCAUUCCUGUGCCAUUCCCUCCUCCUGCGGGAGAUUUCACAAUCCUGGCUGGUGAUUGGUUUAAGAAGAAUCAUACUGAUUUAAAAGCAAUUUUAGAUGGUGGGAGUGAUCUUCCUCUUUCCGAUGGCCUUCUUAUCAAUGGUCGUGGAUCAAAUGGUUACACAUUCACAGUUGAUCAAGGCAAGACUUACAGGUUACGCAUAUCAAAUGUGGGGCUCACCACUUCCAUCAAUUUCAGAAUCCAGGGGCAUAAAAUGUUACUGGUGGAGGUUGAAGGAACUCACUCACUGCAAAACACUUACGAUUCCCUUGAUAUCCAUUUGGGGCAAUCGUAUUCUGUUUUGGUUACCGCUGAUCAAGCAGCACAAGAUUACUUCAUUGUUGUCUCAACACGCUUCACCUCUCAGGUGCUCACUACUACCUCCAUUCUUCAUUACAGUAAUGCAGCAGGAAGGGUUUCGGAUACGCCGCCUGGUGGACCAACUAUUCAGAUUGAUUGGUCUCUUGAACAAGCUCGAUCCUUAAGGCGGAAUCUUAGUGCAAGUGGCCCAAGACCUAACCCUCAAGGCUCUUACCACUAUGGAUUGAUCAACACAACUCGUACAGUUAGACUUCAGAACUCUGCUCCGAUAAUUAAUGGCAAGCAGAGGUAUGCUGUCAAUAGUGUGUCCUUCAUCCCUGCUGAUACUCCACUUAAACUUGCGGACCACUUCAAUAUCCCUGGAGUUUUCUCCCUUGGAAGCAUCUCAGACAACCCCACUGGUGGUGGUGCUUACCUCCAGACUUCGGUCAUGGCUGCUGAUUUCAGAGGUUAUGCUGAGAUUGUUUUUGAGAAUCCAGAAGAUAAUGUGCAGUCCUGGCACAUUGAUGGCCACAACUUCUUUGUUGUGGGGAUGGAUGGAGGGCAGUGGUCACCUGCAAGCAGAUUAACUUAUAAUUUGAGAGACACAAUUUCUCGUUGCACCGUUCAGGUCUAUCCUGAGUCAUGGACUGCAGUUUACAUGCCUUUGGACAAUGUGGGAAUGUGGAAUGUAAGGUCUGAGAACUGGGCACGCCAGUACUUAGGACACCAAUUCUAUCUUCGAGUUUAUUCCCCAGCAAAUUCGUGGAGAGAUGAAUAUCCAAUCCCCACAAAUGCACUUCUUUGUGGUCGGGCAGCCGGACGUCGAACUCAGCCUGUAUAG